AUGAUUAAUACUAUAACAAUUGGGUUUUUGUUUCUCAAUUUUCUCGAAGUAAUGACAGCCAAUUUUGAAAUAUCUAUUUCAUAAUCUACCUUAUAUUCAUAAAAAAGAAAUGUGAAUGCAAUUUCAACUAAUACAACUUUUAUUGUUAAUUGCAAAAUUUUAUAUGCUUAGUAUUGUUCAAUUGAGCUAAAUUAAACAUAAACUAGAUCAGCUGAAAUAGCAUUACUUUUUUUGGAAGGACAAGCACCAUUUUUAGAUUAAAAAGAGGAUUUAAUUUAUGAUGGUAUGGAUUAUGACAGGUAUUAAAUAUAGUAAAUAUAAUUGAUAGUUAUGUAUAAAAAAAGAGAAAUCAUUUUAUUUUAAUACCAAGUUCAAAUGAUAAAGUAUAUUUUACUGUAUUGACAAAUGUUCCAAUUUCCUUUGAUAUAUAUUUAAGAGGAUCAUAAACUAAAUUAUGUCCAAAUGAUUGCCAAGGAAAUGGAAAAUGUUUGGAAGGAGUAUGUAAAUGUGAUAAAGGUUUCAUAGCUAGAGAUUGCUCAUUAAAAGCUUUAUAAUUAGAAGAAGAUUAAAAUAUAUCUGUAAAUGGUUCUCAUGAUCCAAACUUUUAUUGUUAUUAUGAAAAGUAUGGAACUUAAGAUUUAAGACUUGAAAUAUCAGUAAUUAUAAUUUUUAUGAUAUAGACUAAAGAUGAUUUUAAUGAAACUUUAGCAUAUAUACUUAUUCCUGAUUUAGUAUAUUUACCAACUAAUAAUUUCUUCAAUGAUGCAGCAAGAAUAACAAAAUAUUCUCCUUUGAUAAGAGAGAUAGAUUAAAGAAGCUCAAGAAAUCAAGAUAAUUAUGAUUCAAUUCCAGAUCGAUUAAUUAUUUUACUUCAAGGAGGUUAAUUUAAUAUUAAAUUGGAAUCAAUCUCAGAAGAUAACAAAGGAGAUUAAAUGAAAACUAUUAUAAUUAUUAUUUGUAGUGUUGCAGGUUCAUUAUUAAUUUGCUUUUGUAUCUUUUUAAUUAGAAGAGCAAGAUAAAAGAGAUCUUCAGAAAAAUAAUCACCAGAAGACUAUGAAAUGAGAGAAAAACAAUUUACAUAUGGAAGAUCAUCAAUUAAAAAAGAAGAUGAAUUUGUCACUAUGGAUAAUUAAAUCUAAUCAAAUGAAUUAUAAGAUAAUUGUGCAAUUUGUUUAGAUCCUUUAUCCAAUAAACAACCUAUUAAAUAUACUCCAUGCAAGUAUAUAUCUAAUACAAUUUUAGACAUAUAUUUCAUGCUAAAUGUAUUGAAAAAUGGCUUUAGAAAAAUUAAUUUUGUCCUUUUUGUCGAUUCGAUUUAAAGAUAGACAAUUUGACAUAAUAAAAAUAGUUACAAAUUAAAAUACCUGUGACCAAUCAAAUUAGAAUAAUUAGAAGAAAUAAUUGA